AUGUCAACCUCACCCCUACUGCAGAGGCGGCAUGUCCGCCACCCUGCAGCCCAGUGCAUUGAACCAGCCCCGAGUCUGAUCAUCGAGCACUUGUCUGUCAGUGGAGGUUGGAGCUUUGCUUGGCUCAUGAGUUUGCGUUCGGUACAUGUAACAGUGAGUAUCGAGGCAGUAGCCACAGCAUCGAUAGGUUUCAGUACGCUCAAUGAGACUGGAAAUUCGGCAGUCGGUUUUCGAGCGAAGCUGUUGUCGUACAAGAAGACGUGGAAGCGAGCUCAAAACCGUGUUGUGAGUGCAGUAGAAUUCAUCAACUAUGCCUUUGAGCCAGACAAGGCGUUUCGUUACUAG